UCCUAAAACAAUGAAGGGAGAAUUAGACAUGCCCACACUUGUCCUAUGCUCUAUCUUCUUCUUCCUCCUUUUUGUUGGCAAAGCUCAUUCAUCCACCAAACCUCCAUUUUCUUGUGACCCCUCCAUUCCAUCCACCUCUUCCUACCAAUUUUGCGACGCCCGCCGUCCGAUUUCCGACCGUGCCCGCGACCUCGUCGCGCGCCUAACUCUCGACGAGAAAAUCUCCCAACUCGUCAACCAAGCCGCCGCCGUUCCGCGCCUCGGCGUCCCGUACUACCAAUGGUGGUCCGAGGCGCUCCACGGCGUCGCCUACGCACACGGCGUCGAGACCGGCGUGAUGUUCAAUGAAACGAUACGCGCCGCCACUAGCUACCCUCAAGUCAUCCUCACCGCCUCCUCCUUCGAUUCUGAUCUUUGGUAUCGCAUCGCUAAGGCUACCGGAAAGGAGGCGAGGGCGAUAUAUAACGAGGGCGAGGCAAAUGGAAUUACAUUUUGGUCGCCAAACAUUAAUAUUUUUCGCGAUCCGCGGUGGGGGCGAGGCCAAGAGACCCCCGGCGAAGAUCCUUUGGUCACUAGCCGAUACGCUGUAUCGUUUGUGCGUGGAAUUCAAGGCGACACAUAUCAAGGCGAUGGCCUUAAAGAUGGUCAUUUACAAGUUUCUGCUUGUUGUAAGCAUCUCACCGCUUACGAUCUAGAUAGCUGGAAAGGAAUAAAUCGAUUCACUUUCAAUGCUCUGGUCACAAAACAAGACAUGGCGGACACAUAUCAACCUCCGUUUAAAAGUUGUGUCGAGGAAGGGCAAGCCAGUGGGAUUAUGUGUGCGUACAACCGCGUCAAUGGAGUCCCAAAUUGUGCCGAUUACAAUCUUUUAACCAAGACUGCCCGUGGCGACUGGGGAUUCCAAGGGUAUAUAACAUCGGAUUGUGAUGCGGUCUCACUCCUAUACGAGAAGCAAAAGUACGCAAAAUCGCAUGAAGAGGCCGUUGCGGAUGUCCUAAAAGCGGGCAUGGAUGUCAAUUGUGGUUCUUAUUUGAAAAACCACACAAAAUCAGCCGUCCAAAAGGGCAAGGUGUCCGAAUCCGACAUAGAUAGAGCUCUUCACAAUCUCUUCUCGGUGCGGAUAAGGUUAGGCCUUUUCGACGGCAAUCCAAAAAAGAAUCCGAAUUAUGGAAAGCUCGGGCGAAAGGACAUUUGCACGCAAGAACACGACGAUUUGGCCCUUGAAGCUGCUCUCCAUAGCAUUGUCCUUUUAAAGAACUCCGGGAAUCUUCUUCCAUUGUCUAAGACAAAAACCUCGUCUCUCGCCGUUAUUGGUCCUAACGCCGAUGUAGCUAAGACCCUCGUGGGGAACUAUGCCGGGCCCCCUUGCAAGACCGUCACGCCCCUCGAAGGGCUAAAAAGUUAUAUGGACAAAACGAGCUUCCAUCCAGGUUGCAACACCAUUAAUUGCACGUCAGUUGCCUUAGGACAAUCGAUCAAAAUAUCAAAAAAAGCAGACUAUGUCGUGCUUGUAAUGGGACUCAAUCAAGAUCGUGAAAGUGAAGAUCACGACCGCGAGGAUUUGGUGCUACCGGGUGAGCAACAAAGCCUUGUAACGAGCAUUGCAAGAGUUUCCAAAAGGCCCGUCGUAUUAGUGAUGCUUUGUGGAGGCCCGAUCGAUAUAUCAUUCGCCAAGAAUGACCCGAAAAUCGGUAGCAUUUUAUGGGCGGGAUAUCCCGGGCAAGCCGGAGGGAGAGCGAUUGCACAAGUCAUAUUUGGAGACCACAAUCCCGGAGGAAAAUUGCCUAUAACAUGGUACCCAAAAGAUUUCAUCAAAAUUCCGAUGACGGAUAUGAGAAUGAGGCCGGAUCCUCGUACGGGCUAUCCAGGUCGAACUUAUAGAUUCUACCAAGGCAAAACGGUUUUCGAUUUUGGCUAUGGUCUUAGCUACUCCAACUACACGUACAAGUUCGCUUCGGUCACUCAAAGUAAACUAGAUUUCACUACUACCAAUCAACAUGAAACAAAUACAGAAUUUAUAUCCGUCGAAAAUAUUGGUUCGGAGACAUGUGAGAAGACAAAGUUUUCCGUCAUUGUUAGAGUUGGUAAUGAAGGGACAAUGCCCGGUAAGCAUCCCGUUCUUCUAUUUGCAAGUCAUGCUCGGACAAGUAAUAAAGAAAAUCCGGUGAAACAAUUGGUCGGGUUUCAAACUGUGAGUUUGGGCGCAAAUGAGAAGGCCAAUGUUGAGUUUGAAGUGAGCCCGUGUGACCAUUUUAGCCGAGGGACAAAUGAAGGAACUCUCGUUGUUGAAUCCGGCGAUCGUUAUUUAACGGUGGGCGAUGAAAAGUACCCUAUCAAUGUUAACAUUUGAGGAAAAAAUUGUUGAUUUUUGGUAGGGACUUAUUGCAAUGUUCGAAAAUAAAGUUUUCUAUGCUUGGAUUUGCAAAACUUGUUUUUAAAGAUGAAUAUGUUGUUGUAUUGUUCU